CCACACCUCACCCUCCUCACUCCCGCUAUUUCCCACGCGAGAGACCUCGACCGCCUCCGCCCGCCCUCGCUCACCCGCCGCCCGAAUCUCUCUCUCCUCCCUCGUCUGCACCGACGCUCCCAGUAUCGCGACUCCUCGGCCGCGCGCGCAGACAGGGACCAUCACCGGCGCCGAAACAAACUCCGACGAGACGAAUUGGCUGCCCCGACGACCUGUCGCAGUUGGUGAGCGCCCCCGAACCGAGGCGAGGCCCCAGGACGGUCUGCGCGCCCACGCAACACCCGCCCCCUGAGCCACCAUCCUCGGAUCAGAGCCGUGCCGCCCACGCUCGCCGCCUGUCAGCAGAGGCGAAAGAGAGGGCGAGGAGGCACACGGACCGUCCAUCAUCGACAAUUGCGGUCAAACGAUCACCGCUCCUUCGUCUCCAUACGUGCGGUGUGCGUCGCCGUCAAUUGACAGCGCCAGCAUCGCAGGCCAGCGCCAAACCUCUACCUCUCUGAGCGAUUGCGCCCACCGCCCUUGGACGCGAUUGUUGCCACAGAAGCCGCGAGGUCACCAUAAGCGGCCAAAAUGGGGUCCACUCAAUUUGGCAAAUUCGAUUCCUUCUGCAGAGACUCGACUCUACCGGUUUGCAAUCUUCUCUCCACACCGAACCACGACCAGCAGGGACCAUGGGGCGGCUGUCAGUUGAAGGGCAUCCCGCUCAGCGGUGACCGUCACUUGGGGAACCUGGGCUCAAUAGUCCUCUGCGGCAUGGCUAUUGCUGCCUCAGUAUUCCUGUUGCUAAAGUCGGAGAAGAAGCGCGCUGCGGUUGGUCGACGGGAAAUGCAGCUAUUCCUCGUCGGUUACAUCAUCAUAAGCAUAUGCGAAAUCUUUUCUGUUGGCGUCUUCCCCAUCAGCAGGACUGUUCGAAUUGCCUUCUCCGCCAUUCAUAUCGGCAUGAUCAUUGCGACGACUUGGAUCCUUAUGCUCAAUGCCAUCGUUGGCUAUCAAUUAAUCGAUGAUGGCACGCUUCUAUCCAUGGGCCUAAUCACUGGCUCUGCGCUGGCCCUGCUUAUCGGCACAGGUUACAUUGCUCUCGACACGGGCUUUUCGUGGACCGGCUUCUGGGACAGCAGCUACCAACUCCCCAACAAAAAUAUCGCGCUCUACGUUUUGUACCAAUUGGUUCCCCUCAUCUUUCUGGUCGCAUUCUUCGUCCUCGAAACGAUUCUUGUUCUUCGCGUGCUCGGCGAGGUGCGUCCGAUGAUCUACCUCGGCGCCGCUGCCGUCCUGUUCGCCUUGGGGCAAAUCUUCAACUACGUCGUCAGCAAGUACAUUUGCGAGGGAACCAGUGGCAAGAUCGACGGCGCCAUGUUCGAAACGCUUUUCACGCUUCUGUCGGUCCUGGCGGUGUGGCUCUUCUGGUCCAGCAUCACCGAGGACGACUGGCCCAUGCAGGGCGGCGGCACAUACCCAUAAUCUGCGGGCCGCGCUGACUUGUUUUUUCAUGGACCCUUUCCACGGCGUUUCAGGGGAGGAAGCAUUUGCCGAAUUACUUUUUGUUUUGUUUUGCCCUAUUAAUGGCCCGCGACCCAUCGUCUUCGGAGCCCAACGACGGAUAUAUAUGUUUUGAUGGAGACGAGAGCCACCAUACGGAGAGGCCACCAAAAGGCGGCAUCGCUCGCCUGCCUGACAUCCUUUACCACCAGUAGAUCAGGCUGCGGCGAGACGUUCUUGGGUAAAUGGGGCGGGAGGCGUCCGCAGCUGCCACGGCCUUGGGUGAUGUUGACGCCGGCCGGUUGGUAGGUAGCAUGGCGGGCUGGCUUGAUGAAUAUUCGUGAUGGAGAGACGUCGAGGGAUGUCGAGACGUGCACAAACUUAUGAAUUCUUGCUUUCACAGGCCACGACUGGAGUGGACCGGCCUGUUGUACGGUAGUCAUUUAGACACGACUUCGUAGUAUACCCCGCGAUCUAGCAAAUAAUGCAUAUUGAAGUCGAAC